AUGACCGAAGAAUGUCUUUUGAAUUCACGACAGGCACAAGUCGCUGGCCCUGAAAAGACCCCUAUACACAUUUUACACGAAUAUGGCACCAAAACCGGCAACCUGCCCGUAUUUGUGAUGGAGAAAGCCGAGGGAGCAGCUCAUCAACCCAAUUUCGUCUUUACUGUCACCGUCGGAGACAUCACAUGUACAGGACAAGGGGUCAGUAAAAAAAUUGCCAAACACCAGGCCGCAGAGGCUGCUCUGAAAAUGUUGGAGUCGAGCCCUCAGGCAAAUCUUCCCAUGCAGAAGGCUGAGAAUGACGGCUGUGCUCUGGAGUCUGGUGACCUCCCCAAUCCCGUGGGAGAGUUACAGGAGCUUGCGAUGCAGAGAGGAUGGCAUUUGCCUGAGUACACAGUGUGUAUGGAAGCAGGACCACCUCACAUGAAAGAGUUCACUGUUACCUGCAAACUGGAGACACUCUCCCAGACUGGCGUGGGAAACUCUAAAAAGCUGGCGAAGAGAGCUGCUGCCGAGAAGAUCCUGGAGGAACUCCGACGUCUCUCCGGAGGCUCCCAGCUCAUCACAUGGACGCCAAAGCCCAGCGUAUGCUUGGAGGAGUUACGGAAUUCCUCAUCGGAGAAGAUCUCCUUGCUGAGGAGGACUCCGCUGAAUGUUCCCAAUGCGGAUUAUAUUCGGAUGCUGCGGGAGGUGUCUGAGGAACAGGGCUUUGAGGUCUCUUAUCACGACAUAGAUGAGUUGACGGUGAGCGGGCAGUACCAGUGUCUGACUCGGCUUUCCAGCGAGCCUGUGACGGUAUUCCACGGCACAGGCAUCUCCCGCGCCAACGCCCACAAUGCCGCUGCCCACAGUGCCCUGCAGUACAUUAAAAUGAUGGCAUCCAUCAGGUAGACCCACCUCACUGGGAAUUCACACAGGGGUUUACCCAUAGACAGACUGCACUGGAACAUUCUCCUGGGUUUUCUCAAGGCCCCCGGCGACGCUGUCAAAGCCCAGUCCUGGAGGGCCACAGUGACUGCCGCUCUCUGAAGCCUGUUUUAUUUUUAUUUAUGUCACACUAAAGGUAUGUACUGACACAUGUAAUAUAGUUGCUUUGUUAGGUUACUGCUCUCAGGCUCAGUGAACUUUAGCCGAAGUUGCUCAGAAGGAUGCAGCUAAAUCCCUGUGACCGGCACACUUAAACGCCCCCUCAGGGUGUUUUGGGCGGGGGGAUAAACUACGUUGUUCUUAAAGAGUUAAAGAGUUGACCUAAUUCACAUAUUUUAUCUGCCUUAUUCUGUGCAGGUGAUUUAGAUUAGCCUCAGAGAUGCUGCUGAAUUAACUGAAGUUGAAAUGUUGUGUGUGAGUGUUAUGAUGGCUCUGGUCCUGGGAUGGAGUGAUGUGCGUUUGUAAAUGUUUUAGCAGUCAGAUUAAUAAUGCAAAGGGGUGUGGCCUGAUCACAGAGGGAGAUGGUUUAAGGAAUGGCUAAGAGACAGUACAAACUAUAACAGAGCUGAGCGACCGCAUCAUUACCUGCAGUCUUAUCAUAAUAUUUUU